UACUGGUCGUGCUCCUACCACAAGCUCUGGUUGUGCCUCCGCCACAAGAACUGGUCAUGCACCCAAUACUUGUCAUAAUAAAGGUGCCAAUACACAUCCUGGUAGAAUCCUUACUGGUAAUGUUCCCACUGAAAAACCUAGUGAUGCUCCCAAUAUUAUUACUGGUAAAAUUUUUAAUGUUUCUAAUGCUACUGGCCAAAAUUGGCAUAAUGCGGACCAAAAUUUGCAUAAUGCGGGCCAGGGUGCUUAUUUUCGGAGGAUGCUUAAUUUCGGAAUGAACAUUAAAAUUGGCCUAGUAGUUCUAAAGAUUUCUCAAGAACACCAAGCCAAUUUUAAUGUUCUUUCAUUAUUAAAUACAUCUUGA